AUGGAGGGCAAGACGAAGGGGUACGAGGGGUGGACCCAGGAGAGACUGAUUGAGCGGAUUAGAGAGUUGGAAAGGAGGGUAGCCGCGACAUCGGCGACCGCAGCAACACCGACCGAGACGUCAACAACUACAUCGAUACCUGCCUCCGCUGCCUUACCCGAGACAACUCCUUCGGAAGCUCCGUCGGCAUAUACAAAGCCACCGAAAGCGCCACCGAAGCCGUUUGAUUUCUCAAAAUACAGCACACGCCUCAUAGCGCUGAAGUUUGCAUACCUGGGCCAGGCUUACAAUGGGUUCGAACAUCAUAGGAACAACACUACGCCGUUGCCGACGAUAGAGGAGGAGCUGUGGAAGGCGCUAGUGAAGACGCGGCUGAUCAGCCCUGUAAAGAAGGACGAGAACGGAGGUAAAGAGGGCAACAACGGAUCUUUAGAUUAUGGCCGAGUGGGAAGGAAAGAGUAUGAGAAGUGGGAUCGAGAGGGCGCAGGCGCGGAUGUCAAUUGGGAGGGAACGGAAUAUUCAAAGUGUGGCAGGACAGAUAGGGGUGUGAGUGCUUUUGGACAGGUGAUUGGUAUAAGAGUGAGAAGUAAUCGGCCGCUGGCGAGAAUCAAGAAACCUCCUGUGGAGGUCGCAGGCGAAGUCGACACGCAGGACUUGCUCGAAGAACGGCCAGAGGAGGAAGAGCAGGAAGAGGUCAAAGAAUUCGACGACCUGAAGGACGAACUCCCUUACAUACAACUUCUCAACCGCGUCCUCCCACCAGACAUCCGAAUCUUUGCCUGGUGUCCCAAUCCCGGCGCUGAUUUCUCCGCUCGCUUCCACUGCAAAGAACGGCGCUACAAAUAUUUCUUCACCAAUCCAAGUUUCGCUCCCGUUCCUGGUGCCGCCUCCCUCUAUACGCCCGUAUCAAAUGGGUCCCCUGGGCGCGAAAAGAUGCGCGAAGGCUGGCUCGACAUCGAGGCCAUGCGCACCGCAUGCACCCACCUCGUUGGUUUACACGACUUCCGCAAUUUCUGCAAGGUUGAUGCCAGCAAGCAGAUUACUAACUUCAAGCGACGCAUCUUCCACGCCUCCAUCGACGAAGUCUCUCCCCUGGCCCUCCCUUCAUUCCUCUCCCACCCUUCUUUAGGCAACCCCUCAUCUUCGUUAGAAGCGCCUAAGCUCUACGCCUUCACACUUCAUGGAUCAGCUUUCCUCUGGCACCAAGUCCGCUCCAUAGUCGCCAUCCUCUUCCUCAUAGGCCAGGGUCUCGAAUAUCCCUCCCUUGUUCCGUCUCUUCUGGACGUCUCCUCCAACCCGACACGGCCCAAAUACGAAAUGGCCUCCGACGCCCCACUCGUGCUCUGGGACUGCAUCUUCCCUUCGCCGGAGGAAGUGCAGAGUAGUGAAGAGCGGGAGGUCGGGUAUGAGGAUCGGCUAAAUUGGAUAUAUGUGGGGGAUCCGGGAGCAGUCGAGCCAAAGAGUCGACGGGGUGGUAUUGGGAAUGGGAAAUGGGGCAGGGGAGGCGUCAUUGACGAUGUGUGGGAGGUUUGGAGGGCGAGAAAGAUUGAGGAGACGUUGGGGGCGCUGUUGUUGGACACGAUUGCCGGGAAUGGCAAGGUGACGUUAGAGGAGGAGGCCAGGCGGGAAAGGGAGGAGAUGGAGGAGGCGGAGAGGAGCGGGGUGAAAUUGGCUGAGGUUGGGCCCAGGGUGUUUGAUGGGGCUGACGUGGGGAGGGCGAAGGGGAAGUAUGUUCCUGUGCUGCAGCGGGAGAGGCAGGAGUCGGUUGAGGUGGUUAAUGAGAGGUAUGCGAAGAAGAAGGGGUUGAAGGAGGAUCAACGGAGACCAAAGGAGGAGGAUAUUGAUGAGUGA